UUGCAGAUUGCCGCUCGGGUACUAGGAGUUCCCAUCGAAAGGGUCUACAUUCAUGAAACUGCUUCAGAUAAGGUGCCAAAUGCAUCCCCUACAGCAGCUUCAGUUGGUAGCGAUAUGAAUGGUUUGGCAGUUCAAGACGCCUGCAACAAGAUUCUGAAACGCUUAGAGCCUUUCAAAAAGUCUAACCCUAAAGGAACAUGGGAAGAUUGGGUCAAAGAAGCGUAUAUAAACCGAGUCUCGCUGUCAGCAACGGGAUUCGCUAUUAUCCACAGCGAAACUGUCGACUAUUUCAAUGGUAAAGGUGCUGAGUUGUUCGGAUAUUGCGUCUACGGUACUGCAUGUUGUGAAGUUGAAGUCGAUUGCUUGACAGGGGACCAUCAUGAAGAUGUCACCAAAGAUUUUUAG